GUAUAAUUGCUUUAGUGAAUUCCAAAUUAUUCAGUGUUUGUUAACAAAGGAGAACGACGACGAAGUAAAAUAUUCUCAUUUUUUGUGCCUAUUCAUGGGUAAAAUAAUCUUAGGUCAUGUCCUCGUCUAAAGACGGCCGUCAUAAUUACGAUCGUGAUUCAAGUAGUGACACAGAAGACUAUCACGAUACUGAGGAUCAUAGACGUCGAGUGUUCAAAACACGACUUAGUUAUGGAAGUUCCUUGAAACCUAAAUCUUGUUUGGUACAGCGCCAUUCAAAUAGUAAUCAGUUGUCUCUGUCACCGAUCAAUGAACAACAAACAACUACACUGAGAACUAGAAAAGCUAUGCCUAGAUUUUCUUGCUCAAUGAAUUCAAUGAAAAGUCUGAUGAAUCAAAAUGCAACUACUUCAGGUUUGUCCUAUCCAAGUACUUCGGGUUCAAGCCAUUUAACUAAUUCUAGGAACAACAUUGCUAAUAAAGAAGAACGAGUUACUCUUAUUGUAGAUAACACUAGAUUUAUUGUUGAUCCUGCUAUAUUCAUUGCUCAUUCAAAUACUAUGCUUGGAAGAAUGUUUAGUUCUAAUGAAUACACAAAUAAAAAUGAACGUGGAGAAUAUGUGGUUGCUGAAGGUGUUUCAGCAAAUGUAUUUAGAUGCAUUUUAGAAUAUUAUAAGGGUAAUGUAAUGCGAUGUCCAUCUUCAAUUUCUGUACAAGAACUACGAGAAGCUUGUGAUUAUUUGUUAGUACCAUUUGAGGCUAAGACGGUCAAAUGCCAGAAUUUACGAGGACUAUUACAUGAGCUAUCAAAUGAAGGUGCUCGUUGUCAGUUUGAAGUAUUUUUAGAGGAUCUUAUAUUACCUCUAAUGGUGAAUUCUGCUCAACGAGGAGAUCGUGAGUGUCAUGUAGUUGUUUUACUUGAUGAUGAUUCUGUUGAUUGGGAUGAAGAAUAUCCUCCUCAGAUGGGAGAAGAAUAUUCACAAACUGUUAACAGUACUGCCUUGUACAGAUUUUUCAAAUAUAUUGAAAACAGAGAUGUAGCCAAACAAGUUAUGAAAGAACGUGGUCUUAAAAAAAUUCGUUUGGGCAUUGAAGGUUAUCCAACUUAUAAAGAAAAAAUUAAAAAAAGAGCUGGUGGUCGAGCAGAUGUCAUAUAUAAUUAUGUUCAAAGACCAUUCAUACAUAUGUCAUGGGAAAAAGAAGAAGCAAAAAGUCGUCAUGUAGAUUUUCAAUGUUUAAAAUCCAAGUCUGUGACUAAUUUAGCAGAAGCAACUGCUGAUCCAGUUUUGGAACUGGAUGCUAGAGGUAAUCCUAUGGGUGCAGUAUCAAUGGAUCCAGACAUUCGCGUGAUUAAUGAUAAUCUUGAUCCCGAUGAUGGUGCUAUAGAUUCGCCACCUCCUCCUAUAGCUUCAGAAGUUGAACAGAACGAUGAGUCUCAACCAAAUGAUCAGUAACUUACGAAAAUUUUAAAGAGUGUUUUUUUAUUUCAUGGAGCAAUUAAGUGUGUUUUAUAAUAUUUUUUUUUCUUCAAGCAUUAUACUAUUAUU